AUGGCUGGGCCGUACGCACCUCUGUCGGCUGGGCCGAUCGCCGCCUACGGCCACCCCGCGCUGCCGUGGCCGUCCCAGGGCGCGCAUGCAUACAGCGGGCAGCCGCUGCUGCCGUUCCAGGCAGGGGCCCCGGCGUUGCCGUGGCCGACCCCGGGUGCGCCGGCCUGCACCGGGCUGCCGCUGCUGCCGUUCCAGGCGGGGCACCCCGGCGAGACCUCUCCGGCCGCGGCCCCUCUGUGGUAUCUGCAGCCGCCGUCCCCCGCGGCCACCGACGCGCCCGCCCACCCUCCGCAGCCGACGCUGGAACCACCGGCGCCAUCUCUGCCCAGCCCAGCGGCGUCCUCGCCGGCGGGACUGCCGAUCCAUCAGGUCCGGUUUCCGCCCUCUCCGUCGCCACUACCAGCUUGGGCGGCGGGGUCGUCACCAUCGCCGGUCUACACUAUGGCUCCGAAGCAGCCGACCCCGUUUCCGCAAUUCGGCGGGCCGUCCGUGUGA